GCUCGGGGUUGGGUCUUGGCUUCUGGGGGAGGGAUGCAGGAGGGCCGAGAUUGAAGGAAACUCCUUCUGGUGCCUCCCCCAGGCCGAAGGCUGCAGCCUUGGGUUGGAUGGCUUCUCUCCCCCCUCCCCGUCUCUCCUCCCUGUGGUGUCACGAGACCCGCCCGCCCCACUCCUCCCCUCCCUCCCCUCUGUUGCCUUCCUCCGCCUAUUUCGCCUCCGCGGACCCUGGGCUGGUGAUGUGAGAACGGGCGUCGGCGGUAGCGGCAACGGCGGCGGUGGCGGCGGCAGCGACAGCGACAGUGACAGUGACAGUAGUAGGGACCAUGGCCCAGGUUCCUUCUCAGGAGAAAUCUAAGCUUAUCAGCGAGACCCGGAGGAGGUUUGAAACCGAAUAUUUGGCAGAUAAAUCAGAUAAAUAUGAUUCCCGAGAUGUGGAAAGAUUUCAGCAGGAUGAUACUUGGGUUGAAAGUUAUUUGUGUUGGCGACAUGAUGUGGUAGAUGAAACACUGAAGAUGAUUGAUGAAAGUUUUCAAUGGAGGAAAGAAUUUACUGUCAGUGACCUAAGUGAAUCCAAUCUUCCUAAAUGGCUAUUUGAGGUUGGUGCUAUGUAUCUACAUGGCUAUGACAAAGAGGGCAACAAAUUAUUCUGGUUCAGAGUGAAGUGUCAUACAAAAGACAAUAAAACCAUUUUGGACAAAAAGAGGCUUGUAGCCUUCUGGUUAGAACAUUAUGCCAAAAGAGAGAAUGGAAAACCUUUAACAGUCGUGUUUGAUAUGUCAGAAACUGGACUGAGUAAUAUAGACAUGGAAAUUGUUCGGUACAUCAUCAACUGCUUUAAGGUUUAUUAUCCUAAAUACCUCACAAAAAUUGUGGUCUUUGAUAUGCCAUGGAUAAUGAAUGCUGCUUUUAAAAUUGUGAAAGGCUGGCUUGGUCCAGAAGCAGUGAACAUGUUGAAGUUUACUGGUAAAAAUGAAGUACAGGAGUACAUCAGCAUAGAAUACUUGCCCCCACACAUGGGUGGAACUGAUCCUUUCAAGUAUAGUUAUCCACCACUAGUAGAUGACGAUUUUCAAACCCCUCUGUGUGAAAAUGGACCUAUUACCAGUGAGGAUGAAACUGAAAGUAAAGAAGAUCUAGAAACAGAUAAUAAAGAAACUGGGGAAACAAAUUCCAAUGAAGAACAAGUUACUAUUCCCAGAAAGAUUAACUCAUUAGAGCAAAUUUCCAAAACAGAAGAGUCUGAUAAAGUGGAUUCAAAGAUAAAAACUUUAAAGAAAUCAUUAAGCAUGUUCAAAGGAACCCUAUUGCACAUCAGCCCUGCUGAAGAACUUUAUUUUGGAUCCAAAGAAAUUGGAGAGAAAAAAUGCUUAAUAAUGCUCACAAAUGUAACAAAAAACACAGUUGCAUUUAAGGUGAGAACAACAGCUCCUGACAAAUAUAGAGUUAAACCAAGUAAUAGUUGCUGUGAACCUGGUUCCUCAUUAGAUAUAGUGGUGUCUCUUCAUGGGGAUUUCACAGUUUCUCCUCAAGAUCGUUUUCUAAUAAUGGCUGCAGAAAUGGAACUGCCUGUUGGUACAGGGGCAACAGAACUGACACAAUUCUGGAAGGAUAUACCAAGAAACAAGAUAAUGGAGCAUAGGUUAAGAUGCCACGUUGAUAGCAGUAAACCAUCUUCUCUUACAUUAAAAGAAAAUUCUUUUAACAUUCCAUCCAAAAGCAGUGAGGAUUUACAUUUACAACUCACCCGUUUACUAGACAUCAAUAGGAAACUUCAAGAUGAAGUUGAUCGUUGUCUCUGGUUUCAACAGCUGCUGUUUUAUUUAACUGUGCUCUUACUUGCUUUUGCCACUUCUUGCUUCUAUUUGCUCUAUAGUCAAGGAAGUCCUACUCUGUAAGGAACAUAGCUGGCUCCACUUAUUUGUUUGAAGAGGAAUCAGACCUAAAAUUUAUCCAAUUAGAAAAAAAAGGGAUGUGCAUAGAUGUUCUCUGGAGACCAAAGUACAGCACUCUAUUUAAGAAGUCAGUGACAAAGAGGAGCCAAACUGUCUUGGAAGGAGAAGAAUAUUAGAAUGAGGAUCUGCUUUAAGAACACAGAAGUUGAUUAUAGCUCACUAGUUAUCUUAUAAAUGAAAAUAAAACCAUGGGAUGUUAUUCUGAAUAUAAAUUAUUUUUUUCUUUUGGUUGGAGUACUUUAAAAUAUGACUUAUUUUCAGUUUUAUCCAUGUUCUUAUAAGCUGAACUGAAAAUGCAAGUGGAUGCGUUGUGGCAGCCAAAAGAUAUAAUCUACCUUUUUUUAUGGAACUGAAAUACUGUAGUUGAGCCAAACACGUUAGCUUUUCUAUACUGUGUAUAUAAGGGAAGUGUAUAUUGAGUAAGAAAACAUGCUUAUACAGAGUAAUUUAUGUAAUCAUGAUUUUGUAAUUUUGAGAACUAUUAGCAGGUUAUAGUCAAUGUUCUUUCAGAAUGUAAAACUAUUUAAUGCCAAACCACCUUCAGCCUUUGUUUCCUAUCAGUAUUCCUUGACUACCUGCUUUCUAUCAGUUGAGGGCUUUGUAACUAAUACUCUGAUUAGGUAUAAUCAGUUUAAAACUAACAACUUUGUUUUUGUGACUUUUCCUUUAAAAUUUUUCAUAAUGUCAUAUUUUCCCAGAAACUAUUUUUUUUAAGCAACUCUUGUUCACUUUUUUAAAGGAAUUGCUAUGAUACAUAUAGACAAAACCUGUUUAUGGGGGGAAAUCUGUUCAACCCAUAAUCAGCCAUCUUUUUUGUCUCUUACAAAGGUCUGACUAUCCAUUUGUAGUCCUGAAAUUACACUACCACCAAAACUUCCCAUAUCCCCAAAAUAGAAGAGGCACUUGAUUAACCCUGUGGAAGUCAUUCUUUCAGAAAGGUUUUUCGAAAGCUUUAAUAGUUUGAGAAAUGUAACAAUAUCAUUAAUUCAUAUACAUUCCUGUCUGAAAUCAGUAAAUAUUAAAGAGAACUCAGGAAAUAUGGGGUAUUUCUAAAGGCACCAUAAUAUAACAUUCAACUCUGUUUAAAAGAGGAGAGAGAGCCUGGACACAGGACCAUGAGAUUUUGGGUUCACAUUUAUUUUACUUCUUUGGUGUUCUGCAUUGGUACGUUAAUGAUCAGAUAAUUAAAUUAAGAGGUUUGAUUUGAAAUUUACUUAAAUGGGAAGUGUUUCACCUCACGGUCACAAAUUCAUAUGAAAACAAAUCUACUUGUCACAUAUAUCUUGGGGUUUGAUUAUGGGGUAAUUUUUUUUUCUCUGCUAUAAGGUAUGACUAUCUGUCUUCAGGGCUUGGCUCUAUAGAAAUUGAUCUAUGAAUAUUGGUAGACUAGAUAUUCCUCAAAUGGACGUAGGCAUUAAACCUUAAAAGGACACUGCUGUGGUAUUUUCUUUUUCUUAAUUUAGUUUUUCUAUUUCAGUUUAUGAACUCCAGAAGUGAAAAUGACUGCUCUCCACCCUACUAAGUACUUUUGAUUUGUAUCAGUGUUUGUGCACAGUGGAUUUUUUUGUGUAUGCUGCAUUAUUGAUUUUAAAUAUUCAAGUCCCUGUGUGUGUAUUUUGUUCUUGCGAGAUUAAGAAAUUGCUCAUAUUUGAAAAUGAUUUGUCCUAACAGUGUCCCUUUAAUGUUCAAGAGGCAGUAAUGUUGACUGUUCUUGCUUGAAGUUUGAUCAGUCUUUCAUUAUUGGUUUCAGUAGUGUAAAAGUGUUAAUGUUGAUGUGCUGAUUAAUUGUAAGUAAAGCAGAAUUAAUGAAAAUGUUCUAUAAAAAUCAAAAGCUUCAAUACACUCACCUUUCAUACUUAAUCUUACAGAUUUAUGCGUGUUUGAUUUCAUCUGAUCUCAAGUGUCUUAUGUGUGCUGGCAUUGUUUUGGGGUUCUAUAUGACUUGUUUUCUAAGUGCUUUUAUAUUCAAAAUUGUCAUCAAUUGUUCAUGAACAGAUUAUUGAGGUCCAACACUUAAAUGUUUAAUCAAGUUCUCAUUUUGGAAGCUAAAAAGCAUUUAUCAUGGAGUUGAUUAGCAAGUAGCCUAGAAUUGUGGUAACUGAUGAACCUAGCCUCAAUUUCAUAACACAAUAACUUUUCAAAAAUUUGCCACUAAUUUUGACUGGAUUUAAUAGCACUUUAUUGUACAAUUGCAAGAAAUAUAUUCUUAGAAUUGUUGCCAGUGUAAUUAUUCUAAUGUUCUGGUGCUUUCAUAUAUUUUCAGUAUUUUUAUUACUAUAUUGGUAUUUUCUUUGUAUAAUUGAUCAGAAGAACAUGUUUUCUAUUUUAAUAUGUUUUAGAGGAAUAACUACAUUUAUGAAUAAAUAUCAUCAAGAAAAACUUGCACUCUUUACUGUCAAAAGAUUUUUUGAAAGUUGAAUGAUUAAAUUCAAGUAUGAUUCUGACUUAA